CCACCUAUUAGCAACACAGCGAGGACCACGGGCGGAGCCAAAGGGAGGCGUGGAACGCACAGCUUGGAAAGCAAAAGAUGAUAGUGACUUCCGCGUAUGCUUGCACAGCUUGAAGUGACUACAGCAGCGGUUCUGUCGUCCCAAGCAGGCUACAAGCCACCUUCAGAGUAUGGAGGGACGGCCGUGCUGCUCUGAGCAGCUGUAUCCAGAUGCACACCUUGAUAUGGGUCACACCAACGCAAGCUGUCACUUGUGACACGUCCGCCGCUUCCCUGUUUUCAAAAGUUGUAUUGGAGAGUCCGGUGUCUCCGGGGCGGCCCGUGCCCGGGGGGUGUGAUCUGCCGUGCCAGGCCCGACGACACCAGCCGACACCAUGAGCACCGAAGACGACUACCAGGCCAAGUACCCCCUGCAUACCCUGGUCUGGAAUAAUGACUUCCGGUCACUGGAGAGAGAGCUGGACGGCAAGGAUAUAGAGGAGCUGGAUCCACGAGGCAGGAGUCCAUUGCAUCUAGCUGUUUCACUUGGACAUCUAGAGUCUGCUAAAGUCCUCCUGAGGCAUAAAGCGGAUGUCACGAAAGAAAAUAAGGAUGGGUGGACUGUUCUGCAUGAAGCAGUUAGCACAGGAGACCCAGAGAUGGUUCAAAUGGUUUUGCAGUACCGAGAGUUUCACAAAGCAUCCACAGCUCUUGGAGGUGUACCCGAACUACUAAACAAAACUCUGGAGGCUUCUGAUUUUUAUGUGGAAAUGAAGUGGGAGUUUACAAGCUGGGUUCCUCUUUUAUCAAGAGUGUGUCCCAGCGAUAUCUGUCGGAUAUGGAAGAGUGGAGCCAAACUUCGAGUUGAUGCCACCUUGCUGGGAUUUGAGAACAUGAGCUGGAUCCGAGGAAAGCAUAGCUUUAUAUUUAAAGAGGAAGAUAACUGGGCCGAACUCAUGGAGAUCAACCAUGACGACAGGACAGUUACCAAGGAACGCUUUGACAUCUCCCAGGAGAUAGAGGGCAUUACACUGGAUUCCAUGCAACCAGCAGAGCGGGAAGUUAGCAAGCGACUUACCUCUCCAGUCAUUAACACCUCCCUUGAUACAUCAGCUAUUGCCUUUGAAAGAACCAAGGCAGGAUUUUGGGGCUGGCGGACCGAUAAAGCAGAAAAUGUAAAUAAUUAUGAAGCAAAGGUGUACUCUGCAAAUAACGUCAAUGUUAUCACAAAAACACGGACUGAACAUUUAACAGAAGACGAAAAGUCACGGUAUAAAGCUGACAGAAACUUUUUGGAGUCGCUACUUGGAACUGUAGAGCACCAGUUUGGAGCUCAGGGGGACCUUACUACAGAGUUUGCCACAGCUAACAACCCUACAGCUAUAACUCCUGAAGAGUAUUUUAACCCUGAGUUUGAACUUCAAAACAGAGACAUUGGGAGGCCCAAGGAGUUGGCUAUUAGGACGCAAAAGUUUAAGGGCACUUUGUGGAUGUGUGAAGACUUUCCUUUGUCCUUGGCAGAGCAAGUCACCCCCAUAAUAGACCUGAUGGCCAGAACAAGCUCUCAUUUUGCUCACUUGAGGGAUUUCAUAACAUUGCAGUUCCCACCUGGAUUUCCUGUCAAGAUAGAAAUCCCUUUGUUUCAUGUUUUAAAUGCAAGAAUUACAUUUGGAAAUGUGAACACUUGUAGCCGAGCAGAAGACUCUCCCGGUACUCCAAAAGGCACACCUGAAGAAGAGGAAGUUGCAGCUGCACUUCCAAAGUUUGAAGUUGAUCAGUCAGUCUUUGAGAUUCCACCAUCCUACCAUAUCCAGGAAAAUGGGAGGAGUCUUCACAUACGGGAUGAAGAUGAUGAAAUUAUGCAGUUUGCCAUUCAGCAGAGCCUUCUGGAGUGCAGUACAAAUCAGCCUUUGUCUCCAAGCCAGUCUAAUGGAAGUAUCUCCUCAAAUCAGGGUUUUAAUGCUCAGUAUGAAAGGGCCCUGCAGGAAAGCCUUCUUGCCAACUCUAUAAGUGCCCAUUCCAGUCUUAGCAGCCACUCUCCAAGCUAUGACAAGGACUUGCAGUUUGCUAUGGAACUGUCCGCCAAGGAACAGGAGGCACAGGAGAAGCAGCGUCUGCAGGAGGAGGCAGAACUUGAAGAAAUCCUGCAGCUUUCUCUCUUGGAAAAAUAAGCCAUGUUGUUUUACGGACAUGCUCUGGCAAAGGAACCUCCUAUGAUACGGGUCUAGCCCUUGUCCUUCCUCCUACCAGCAGUGAUUCCACCAUGACCGAGGGCCAAAAGAUCACUCCACAGACUCUGUAUCUACCAAAGAACUGUACACUUUUGAUAUUUUAUAAUUUAAUUUUUGUUUUCCCUUUUUGCUUUAGGGACUUGCACACCGGGGACUCUGCCUCCACCUUGUUGAUUAUUUAGCUGUGCAAAUGUCAGCAAGUUUUCAAUGAACAAAAUCUCAGUGAUGGAGAUCCGACGUUCAAUAUGUAAAUGCAUUUUGUUUUGUUACACAGACUUUAUUUUUCCUUUUUUCUCUUUUUAUCAGUCAAUGAAACACAAGUGUAUUCUUACCUUAUAUAAACAAACUAAGAACUCAUUGACACUUUAUACAGGGUGCCUGAUAGAAUGUAUGUUGGUAAAUCACAGGAUAUUUCUUCAGGUGGAAGAAAACAGAGGUUGGCACUGCUCUAUAUUUAAGGCUGUUUACAGUGUACGGGAUAUUCAUGUCAAGAAAAUAUGGAGCUGUGCCCUCUUCAAAGUUGGUUAUUUAUCCUUUAUCCAUCUGUAUAAUAGAGUUGUCUAAAGGGUCAAUCCACCGCCUAACUGAUAUUUCAGUCAUUUCAAAUCUCUCCGCUGGAUAUUUUAUUUAUUUCACAGAGAAUGCAGCAGAGGGGAAUGAAACCGCAAAACGAGAGUGAGGACAGGAUUAGAAAUGCCAGUGUGGAAAUUUCACUGCUGCAAUACUGUAUACUUAUGCUGCAUAAGAAACGAGUUGGUGAUUCAGCACACCAGCACCUAUCUAUAACAACAGCAUCAGUUUUGUGUCAACCUAGAUUUUAAAAGGGCAUAUAUUAGUGGAAUUCAUAGAAGUGUUGCAGAUCAUUAAAGGAUAAAUGUGCGUAUGAUAAAGGAAACCUAUUUCUGGCUAGACAUUCCUCCUAAAUCUUUAUACCUACCUGUCCCCUGCUCUUUCAUGAGCUCUGCUGUGCAGUUUCCUUGACCUUUUUUUUUUUUUUUUUUUUUUUUUUUUAAUGGUUCUCCUAGCCAGGCUCUGCUCUUCUGCCAUUCAGAGGUGCCACAAGAUCUAUUCAUUCCUUCAGAAAUGCCAUCUACUUUUCAUCACAGCUUACAUCCUUUAAAGGAAUUUUGACUAGCCAUGACUAAAAAGGCUAGUUGCGUGGCUGCUGAUUCAAGGGUAUUUUCCUAGUAACUUGCCCAGACCAGGAGCUCUGAUCUCCCUGGAUCUAUGCUUGUUUUGGAUUCUCGUUUCACUUUCCGAAUACUUGUUAUGUGUGACUCAAAGUAUUGAAUCAAGACAUCCAGGCAAGUAGCAUUUUCAGUGUCGGCAAUGGAAUCUUACAUUUUUUUUUUCUCUCCAUACGUUUCCUUUAACGCUCAUACUAUACAUACUGUUUGCUAUGUUCAGAACUUUUUAAUGUAUUUUCCUGUAGUUAAAUCAGAAGAUAAAUCUGAUCUGCUCUUCUUUUUUAUGAGGAAAUUUUCCACAGUCCAUAGAAAACAGUCGGCAAUCAGCUUUGAAAAUUUUUAUUACUCUGAAUUGCUAGAAAACGAGUGCAUUUGAGUAUUUUUGUAAUACAGGGCAAUGAGCGAACUCUGAAAACCAGAGCAGCUGAUGAUGUAUGUGACUUUGGAAGCUUAACGUAGCUAAGUUGGAGAUAUGGUUAAAGUAGGUUACUGUACACCUCUGCAUCAAGUUGCUAUAGAGGUUAACCCUUUCUUCUAGAAAGCAGCUAGCAUAAGCGGUUUCAAUGAGGAUAACCAAUUUUUUUCCUAGAAUGUAGCUAGCAGUAAAAAAACAAACCAAUGGAGACAACUUUCUUCUAAAAAUCCAAAUUUUCAAUUGUAAAAACCUGAGGGAAUGGGAAAAAAGUUAAUUAAUUCUAUUGACUUUCAUCUCCUAACCUGUGGUAGAAAAAUGUAACAACUUUAGUUUCAAAUUGGACAAUGCCUUCUCAUAUAGGGUUUAUUUAUAAAGAUGGUGCAGAAUUUCAAAGUGUUGGCACUUCUCAAUUGGCAGUGGUCUGAUGAGUGCUACCAGACAUAUUUGUAAAGCUUUAUACAGCUUUGAAAAACAGCCCAAUAAUGUGGAUUGGUCAAAUAAUUAAACCAGAUUGCCAGAAUGAGAAAAAAAGCGGCACUGAAAAUAAAAAUGGCAAAAUGGAGUGAAACCGCUAAUACAGAGGAAAAUUAAGAAUAUAGUAUGACGAUUAUUUGUGUAUAAUGGUUUAUAGACUACUAUAGU